AUGACGUGUCAUGAAACGAACAAGGAAAAUGGGUCGCAGGAAUAUGAGGAAUACGAUGAAUCAACAAUGAUGCUAGAGGGACUGGUGGAAGAAUUGGGAGAGCAAAUAGAAAAGAGAAAACCAAAUAUGGAUGAGACUGAGAUACACAUGAGUGAAGAAGAUGCUAAAAAAACAGCUUUCAUCACCCCUUGGGGAGUCUACCACUUCAGAGUGAUGCCAUUCAGUCACAAAAAUGCUGGCGCCACGUAUAUGAGAGCCAUGACUACCCUGUUCCAUGAUAUGAUUCAUCGGGAAAUCAAAGUUUAUGUGGACGAUGUCAUCAUAAAAUCAAGGGAAAGUGCAGAGCAUACUGCAAACUUACAAUUACUGGUAAAGAGAAAAGCUACCGCCGCCCAGAAGGGCAAGGCUAUGACAAAAAGGCAGAUAGAAAGGGAGCCGCCAACUAAUGUAGAAGGAGUUGAAUCAUAUAAUAAGGCUCCAUCUAAUACCUCUUCCACUCCGCCUGUUCUAGAAGAACAAGAGGGGGCUUCAGCUCCAGCCCCUAUGUCUACCGUUUCUCCACCGGCUGCUUGGGGUCAACAAAAGACCGAAGCUAUUCAUUUAUUGAAACAGUUAGUUGCCGACCAGGCACAGCGAUAG